AUGGACGACUUUGAUUCACUCCGCAACCUCAUCCAGUCUCACCCGCUCAUUGACAACCAUGCCCACAAUCUGUUGAACCAAGAAUCGGCCGCUGAUUACGAAACUUAUCCACUCGAGGCUAUUACGUCCGAAGCUCACGGUCGGGCCUUGAAAAAUGCUCGCACCACCCUGCCCCUGCUCCGAGCCACCAACCAGCUUGCUGAGCUUUAUGGCAGUCCUUGCGCUGACUGGAAUGAAGUCCAGUCAGCCCAUGAUAGGUGGGUCCGCGAAGACUACGAGGGCCUUGUCCGACGGUCUCUGGAAGGCACGCACGCUUUGCUACUAGAUGAUCUUCUUGGCGAUGAUGAAGACAUUGAAUCCUCUAGCUGGCACGAUCGCUUUACCAUCUCGGCAACCAAGCGGAUUGUGCGCAUUGAAUCCGUAGCCGAGUCGCAAAUUCUUCAGAUAGCCAGCAGCGAGCGCAAACCCGACGAAUCCGUGUGGAACAAUUUCCGCCAGCGGUUCCUCAAUGCUCUCUCCGAGGCAAUGGACGACCCGAACGUCGUGGGUUUCAAGUCGGUUGUUUGUUAUCGCACGGGAUUGGAUGUUGAUCCAUAUUCCUCCGAUGAUUCCACUUUGGGUGGCUCGCUGGUGCGCACCCUCGACUCUGGUACCGUAAGAUCCGGGUUCCGGGUCGAGGAUAAGCCUUUGUGUGAUUGGCUAGUCCAACAGACUCUGAAGGCUAUCUCAUUCAAAAAGAAAGCUGGUGUCGUCAAGCCUCUACAGCUUCACACUGGCUUAGGUGAUAACGAUAUCAGCCUUUUGCGAUCUAACCCCGCAUAUCUACAGCCCUUGAUAGCGCAGUACUCCGACGCAGACAUUGUUCUCCUUCAUUCUGCGUACCCUUACACGCGCGAAGCGGGAUACUUAACCUCCGUGUAUCCGAAUGUCUACCUUGAUCUGGGCGAAGUCUUCCCCAUGGUCAGUCGAGAGGCCCAGGAGAAAAUCCUGAGGGAAAGCCUGGAGCUCACACCCAUCAGUCGUCUGCUUUGGAGUACCGAUGGUCACUUCCACCCGGAGACAUUCUGGCUGGCCAAUCGUCAAUUCCGCCAGGCUCUUGAAAAAGUCUUUGUGGAAUAUGUCCAAUAUGGCGACUUCACCAUCUCCCAAGCCAUGAAGGCAGCUGCCGAUAUUCUCUUCUACAAUUCUAACCGUCUUUACGGACUUGGGUUGACUCCGGAAUACACACCGAUCACUGUAGACGGAGAACCCUCUUUGGUAAACUAA